AUGGCAGAAGAUGAAAAUUAGUCUUUAUUUUUCUAGCGAGAAAUACACUCUUUUCAUAACUACGACUAAUUCAAUAACGAUUUGAUCAAUCAACCUGUUAUUUAGAAUUUGGGAUAGAAUUACGAAGGGAGUUCUCAAUGCUAGCUUCAAUAAUCUAGAUCUAUAAAUUCAGAUAAAUUUAAACCCUAGGAUUACAUUGACUAAGAAAUGUAAUUAGAAGAACUUUACAACUUAAAUGAACAAUAAAACUAAGUUUAAUUUAUUUAAUCAAGUGAAGAAAAUUCUCAUUUCAAUAUGGCUCAAUAAUGCCAACUUUCCCACUAAUCAUCACUUUAACCAUAAUAGUAUUAACCUAACUUUUAACAAAUUUAACUUAAUUAAUAGUAAUAACUCCAAUAGUAAUAACAAUAACAACAACAAUAAUAACCACUAUAAUAAUAAUAACAACAACAUUAAAGCUACAAUACACAAUAAUAGCAAUUUUAAACUAUCUCUACAUCUUAAUCUCCAAAUAUUAUAACCAAUACUUCUAAUUAAGCUGGUUACUUUCCUAACUAAAAAAGCAAUUAUUUAAUAUCUGAGGACGCAAAUAGAAACUAUCCUCUACUCGCAAAUAUCUUAGAAGAAAGCUUAUAGAAUAGAAAGUUGAAUGAAUUUUAUACUCAAAACAAAGUUUUAUAAGGAGUUAAUUGUUUUAUGCUUUUAGAAAAUGAACUCCCAAGACAUACUGCUUAAUCCAAUAAUUUUUGUGAUGACCCUAACUUUUAUAUUGGGCAUUUUUUCGAUGAAAAAAAUAAGAACGGUGUAUUUAAUGAUAAUUAAAAUUCUAUUUAGAAUGAUUUAUAAAAAUCUCCAUUUCAAUCUCCUUAAUAACCUCCUACACACUAAGCUUAAAGCCUAAAAAUUAAAGAAUAUAAACAAAAUCAAUAGCAUUUUAUAAUCAACAAUGACAACAUGCAAUAAAACUAAAGCAUAAAUUAUUAGUAAGAGUAGCAGUAAUAAGCAGGAUCAUCUUCCAUAAAAAUUGAGGGUUUAACUUCACUCUAGCAAAAGUAAAAUGAUGAUCAACAAUUUUUGCAUGAUUUUAUAUCUGGCUACUUAUAAUAAAACACCCAUUAAGAUUUUAUUGACAAUCAUCACAAUAAUUAAAAUAAUAACCACCAGGGACAGGACACUUCAAAUAAAGGCCCAAGUAAAAAUGCUUUCUAAAGGAGCAGUACUUCGUUUUUAGAUAAGGUUACGUUUGCAGUAGAUGAUUUUUUAGAUAAAUAAGAUCCAAAUGAGUAUCCAGAAUUAACAAGCGGAGAGGAUUUUUUAAUGAAUAACUUGAGAAACUAUAUAGCUCUAGAAUUUAGUUACAACUAAGAGUCUUCCUACUUCUAAAAAUUUUUAAAUUCGUCAUAUUAAAUUUUUUUAUAACGUCUUAAAUUAUUGCUUGACCAAAAAAGAAUGGACAGUAAAACUCUUUUACCCUUCGUAUGUCGUUUUAGUAUUGAAAUGGCAGAAAAGUUACUCUAAUUUAUAUAUAAAUGUGAUGAUAAAUUUACUAUGAAGCUUUUCAGAGAGUAGUCUUUAUGCUAAAAGAAUCAUUAAUAUAUCAAAAAAGAAAACGGAUCUACUUCUCCAACAACAUACUCUCAGCCAAGUUAGAAAUUUGACAGCAGUAUUAUUGAUGACGACUUCUCAUUAUUUAACAAAAACUUAGAAGAUGUCAGAACUAAUUUAUUCAAUAAUCCUAACGAUUCUAUGCUCAAUUAAAAUUAGAAUUCAUAAACUCAUCCAUAAAAUUAUUAAAAAAGUGACUCAAUUAUAUUAAAUCUACAAAAUGUGAAUCAAAAUUAGAAUAUCUCUCAAUUAAAUAAUAAUUAGAAUUAUAGUCAUAAUAUCUAAUAGUAGCAGUAACAAGUGAAUAUGAAAAAUGAAACAAAAACUGAAUAAAUAGAUGAGGAAGAUGAUGCGCUUCCAUUUCCUCAGCAAAAAAUUUCUAAUACAGAAAAAGCGUAAAGAAAGCAAUGGAAAAAAUCAGAAAUUAAUGAAUUGAUGGCAAAAUAUAGGGAGUAUCAGUCAAAAAUACCACCUUCUGUGAUGGAAGAGCUUACUAAAAAAUUUAACAGAUCAAUUUAAUCAAUUUAUUCAAAAAUAUAAAAGCUUCGUAAAAAUAAUUACUUUAAUACAGAUAUUUAAAAUGAGUAUUCUAAUCAAGUAUCAUCUUUUCCAAUAAGUUAAGCAAGCAGUCAGUUUUCCUCUUAGGUAAGUAGGAAUAUUGCAGACUGUAAUAAUAGAAACUUCCCAUCAGGCACUAUAAACACAGGAAUGAAUAAUAAUCCUACUAAUUUAAACAUGAUGAAGAUAGAAAGUAAAUUGAAAAACUGUCUUUUUGAAUUAGAGAAUCAACGUGGAACUAAAAAUGAAAUUCUCAAAAAAAUGAAGGAGAGGUAUUAUUCAAAUAACCAAGGAGGUUUAUCAAGUGCAUGGGAGACAAGUGCAAAAUAAUUACUUAGCAGCUAGAGCUUUUAGAGAAGAAAAGGAAUUUUUUCUUUAAAAGAUGAUGUCCAAGUAGUCGAGAUAGAUCCUUCCUCCUCAUACAAGUAAAAAUUAAUUUAUGUUCUGUCAUAAUUAUAAGAAAGAAAAGGCACACUGGAUGAAAUUGUUUAUCUCUAUUUGAAAAAAUUUGGAAAUGAAACAGAUCAAAGAAAGGUGAAGGAAAACAUACAAAAGAUCUUGAAUCAAAAUUCAGAGUGUUUCGACAAAUCUCAAUCAAAGACCACAUAUUAUCUCACACCUUAAGAAAUUUCUUUAAUUUCAUAAGAAAUCCAAUCUUAAUAAAAUAAUAAUACAUUUUAAUAAUAAAACUUAAAUGCUUCAUAAAUUGAUAAUUAAGUAUAAUCGUAGUAUAAUUUGUAAUCUAGAUCCUCCGUAUCCAUAUAAGUCGAGCGACGAUGGAAAAAUGGCAUAAUAAUUAAUUGCCAUUCUUCAUUUAAUUUAUUUUUAUUUUAUUUUUUUCAAUAUUUUACCAAUUUUUUAUUUAUUUAUUUUUAAAUUAUUUUAUUAUCUUUUAGUUUUCUUAUUUGA